AUGAUACUGCUAUGUUUAACUUACCUGGCCGGCAUCAUUACAGUUCUUGCUAUUGAAGCCCUUAUCUUUCACCUGUGGUUUUCCAAGCAAGAAGAGUCCAGCCCUCCGGGCGAAGCUAAAUUAUCCCCCGACUGGGAUCACAUUAACACGAUAUUAGGAAAUAUAAACAGUGGUUCAAUUAACAAAUCCUCGCCUGCUGUGGGAAAGAGCACAGCUUCUUUCCUCAAUGUUGUUAUGUUAUUUAUGUUUCAAGAACUCAGAGAAGACACUAAAAUCAGAGCUCAAGUUCUGUCUAGAAUCAACAGUGAAAUCAGUGAUGUCCUCACCAGCAAGUUGAAAUCCAGAAUUAUCAAAACUUUAAGUGUGCACAAUUUCUCUGCUGGCACUUCACCACCAAAAAUCAGCAACAUUUAUAUUAGUAAACUAAAGAUGUGUGAGGAGACUAAGUUAUUCAGAAAAUUGCACAUAUCAGUGGAUGUGGACUAUAAAGGAUGUGGCAAACUAGCCCUCCAGGCAACUACAUUCAUGGGUAAAAACAUGUAUAUCAGUGUUGAAGUAACAAGGUUGAUUGGUAAGCUUAUAUUCAUAUUUAAUAGGGAGCCUCAAACACAUUGGGGCUUCUGCUUUAAUACGGAGCCUGAAGUUGAGUUCAAUGUUAUCAGUGCUUUUCAAAAACGGAGCUUGCCUAAAUUCACUAAAGUUGUUACAUCUGUUUUGAAGCACAUAGUCAGGAAAAAGCACACAAAACCCAACUACAAGCGUAGGUAUUCUCCUCUGUUCAAAGAACCCUACAUUUCCUUACCCCCAGAAAAACAGUUCUUUAUUUGUAGAGAACCGUUGGCUCAAGGAAAACUGAUCGUAAAGUUGAUCAGCGCAAACAGAGUAGUAAAGACAAACAGCACUAAGAAAGGGUGGUUUUAUUGCACUGUAUCACUGGGAGCAAAGAUGUGGGAUGCUGAAUGUUGCCCCCUGAAACAGAGCAUUUCGUUUGAUGCUGUUAUUCCAAAUGCUAACGACGGAAUAGGGAUAACCUUCAACGUUGAUGGGGAGCUGGAGAAGGGGCAGACUCCCAAGGUUGUGGUUGCAGAUGUGCAAAGAAACUCACCGGCUGCAGACAGUAACAUCAGACAGGGUGAUGUUAUCACAGCUAUCAACAACAAGAAAGCAUCUAGCUUUAAAGCUGCUCUUGCUGCAUCUUUAUCAGCUAAUAGAGCUAAACUGUCCCUUAGAAGACCCUUGAUCAAAUGGAAUAAGAUAUUCACAUCAGGCGAAGCUUCGCAAGACAUGGCAGCUUUUGAAACUGAUGCUGUUAAAGGCGCUACAUUUGUAGAGGAUGAAGAGUUCAUGAUACUAAAGGAGCUGGAGAUGGAGGACGAGGAGUUGUCUGAUAAGGAGACCCCUGUCACUGAUACUGUUAAACCUUCUUCUAGUGAAAAUGUUUCUGAGCCUUGUCGCAAUAAUUCUGAGAGUCUUCUCAGGACCCAGUACUGUUCCAUGUCCAUAACUCCAUUCUGGGACGAGUACUUCCUGUUAAAGAUGCAGGAAGCACACCAGUACUUGACAGUGUGCCUUUGGAAAGAAGAACCCCCAACCAGGUGGCCUACUAAUCCUGUAUUAGUAGGAUUCUGUAAUGUUAGCUUGGCUGAUCUAGUGUUACAAUGCAUAUCAACCUCUAGUAACUCUUACAACGAAUCCUUGAUGCUGUCUCUACCCAGUGAUUUGAAGUGGCAGGAAAAUAUAGUUCCCAGUGUGGGAUCCCUACCUCAGGUCCUCCCCAAGAUGGCGUGUAUUGCUGGAGAAGUUAAGCUACAGCUGACUUACUGUUCUACUGAUAGCAGCUCCUGUGAGCACUCCUUUGUAGUUGGCCAGGUUGAAAGAGAAGAGAAAUGUGAUGUGUGCUCCAAAGUUGUGGUUCACAAGACGGCUUACAUCUGCUCUAUGUGCGGAAAUAUACGCCACGAACAGUGCUUGAAUUCAGAUCCAACACCUCCCCCCAGACGCAGUGUCUCAGUGAAUAGAAGACCAGAUAAUCCUACUACCCCAGUUCUACGUAGUAGAUCAUUUAGUGUCCAAUCUGGAAGAAGCACUGCAGAGUCCAGUUCAAGUUCCUUUACUUUUCUUAAAGGAUCGGAGAAGAAAGCAGCUGUUUUUGAUGAGAAGUUGCAUGAUAUUGGAAACAAACUGAAAGAACAGAUUGCCCUGAGGAAAGCUCUAAUAGGAGCGAAGUCUCGCUGUUCAAGUGUCCCAGCAGCAAUACGGGAGCAACUGGUACAGAACGGGGAAAGUAUUAAGAACUUGACAAACCUCAAGGAGCAACUCACCUGUGACAGUGAAUUAUCAAUUGUUUUAUAAUUCACUUU